AUGCAGCAGCAGCGGCAGCAGCGGCAGCAGCAGCAGCAGCAGCAGCAGCAGCAGCAGCAGAAGCAGGGGCAGCAGCCACCUCAGCAAUCACAGCAGCACCUGCACGUCCACUUCCAUGAAUCCCGCGCCUUGGAAGACAUGCAAGCGGCGUUCUUCAGCGCUCGUGCGGCGGCAGCAGCGGCAAUGGCCAAGACCGGCGAUUGGGGUUCAGCCGCCGCCAUCGGCACAAUCGAGGGCCCCGCCGCCCCUGCCCUGCUGACGGCGGCCCCUGCGCCCCGCGCCCGCCGACGCCGCCUGCAGCGCGCGCUCGCGCGCCUCCUGCUCGCCGGCGGCCUUGCCGGCGCCGCGCUCGCCGGUGCGGCCGGCAGCUUGCGGCUGCUGCGCCACCUGGAGGCCCUCGGGGAGGACAACCGCGCCCUGGCCGCGCGCACCGCUGAGCUAGCGGCCGCGAAGGAGGAGCUGCAGAGGCACCUGUCAGACCUCGCAGCCCGCCAGGCGGCGCUCGCCAAUGAGAAGGCCGGCCUGCAGCAGCAGGUGGCCGCGCUGAGCAGCAGCCAGGGGGAGCUGCAGGCGCGCAACGCGGCGCUACAGCAGUCGCUGGGGGCGUUGGCAGCGGACCAGGCGGCACUGCAGGCAGAGGCGGCGCAGCUCGCCCAGAGCCUGAGGGACGCGUCGCGGCGGCUCAGCGACGCGGAGCGCGCGCGGCGGCGGGAGGACGACGAGCGGGCGGCCGCGGGGGCCGCCGAGGCCGCGGCGCGGCGCGCGGCGGAGGCGCUCGCGAUCAGCCGGCUGCGGGCGCAACGGGCGGGGGCGGCGGACGACGCAGAUGACGCUGCGCCCGCGCAGCAGCCAGGCGGCAAGGCUGGGCGGGCGGGCGACCUGACGGUCUCGCUGGUCAUCCCCGACUUCACCCAGACGCUGCUGCACCAGGCCAGCGAGCGGGAGAUCCACACGCAGCUGGCCAAGGCGCUGGUGACCGAGGCAAAGUCCAGCGCGCUGCUGCCCUCGUUAGUGGAGGGCCUUGCAGCGCGCGGCGCCAGCCGCAUCGGAAACGUGGUGCUCCCCUGGCGCUGGUUCGCGCGGGGCGGCGGCGGCGGCGGCAAGGGGGAGGGGGACGAGGCCGCGGGCGGCGGUGGUGGCGGCGUCGAGGGGCGGAAGUGA